AUGGCCGAUCGCAAACCAGGACCGAAGAAUGGCGUGCCCAAGCCCGGUGUGGAUUCCAAGAGGGAGAAUGGACGGGAGGAUGGCAAGUCUCCUAAGAAGAGGCGCAAAGUGAACCAUGCCUGCGUGUAUUGUCGCAGAUCCCACAUGACCUGUGAUCUUGAACGCCCGUGCACACGUUGCAUCAAACGAAACAUUGGCCACCUCUGCCAUGACGAGCCCCGAGAAAGCGAGACCAAGAAGCCAAAGGCCGCCUCGACGUCCCAGUCGCGCCACCCUCUGCCGCCGCCGCCUCCACACCCCGAUGACAACGUGAUGGAUACGCCGUCCGAGAUGGGGAGGAGCAGUAUCUCGAGCAACAUGGGCCCGCCACCCACGACGUACGACACUGGCCGGCCAAGGACGUCGAGCGGUGGAUUCGCGGGAGGGGCGUUGCCGGCAUCGCUCCCUAUUGUGCAACAGCAACAGGCUACUGGAUUACAGGGAAGGGACGAGGGCAGCGGAAGCAACUCCAAUCAAUGUUUCUCCGAUGCAUGGAUGACGGCCCAGAACUUUGAGGGCAUGAACAGCUUCAAUCCGAAUUACAUGAUCACGCCCGAGGUCACGCACGAAUUCAACCUCCUCAAUGAUUUCCUACACACGAGUCUGCUCGACGACAAUGGCAUACCGCCUGACGAGGCACAGCAGGCGUUUCGACAAGUGCCCAACCAGGACAUGCUGCCUCAGUUCCUGACAGACAGCGCGAUGCAGGCCGCAGGCAAGACCCCCACGGGCGCCAUGCUGCCGCCCCCGACGGUGGAUGGGAACACGGCCAAUAAGCCAGCGAGCGCGCUGCUGGGCGAUAAGGACAAGACGCGCGAGUAUUAUCUGCAGGCCGCCGAUCCGUCAGGAAACGACAACCCCGAGGAACGCAUGGGCCGCGUGCUCCGCGCCAAGUACGACGCUGGCCUGUUGAAGCCGUUCAACUACAUCAAUGGGUACGCGCGGCUGGGCAAAUACCUCGACGGGCACAUUGCGCCCUCCUCCAAACAAAAGAUUCUGCGCACCAUGACACAGUUCCGACCAAAGUUCCGCGAGAAGGCGCAGGGAUUGACGGACAUGCAGCUGGUCUAUGUCGAGAUGUGGUUCGAGCGGCAGCUGAUGGACUAUGACCGUGUGUUUGCGAGCAUGGCCGUGCCCGCGUGUUGCUGGCGACGCACGGGCGAGAUCUUUCGCGGGAACAAGGAGAUGGCCGAGCUGAUCCACGUGCCGGUGGAUAAAUUACGAGAUGGCAAAAUUGCGUUGCAUGAGAUUUUGACGGAAGAGAGCAUGGUGCGUUAUUGGGAGGAGUUUGGCACAAUUGCAUUUGACCCCGCGCACGAGACGCUGCUUACGGCGUGCUCGUUGAAGAGUCCGGAUGACGGCUCGAAUCACCCCGUGGUGAAAUGCUGCUUCUCUUUCACGAUCAAGAGGGAUGAGCACAAGUUCACAGCACAUGCACUUCUCGAUACAUCGACCGCCCAUGCAGAAAAAGCCAUGCCCCGACAAAUUCAAGAUCCCGCCGCUCUUGGCCGUGAACGCAAAGCGCAGACUAUCAUCGACUUCACGAAAGACGCCAUAGCCCAGCUUCCCCGCGUAGCGGGGAACGAAGACAUCCUCACAGCCGACAUCAGCCACCAGCUCCACGUCAUCGCAUCGCUCUCCCAAAAGCCGCUGCAGCAUCACAUUGCCCGAUCACUCGAGAUAGAAGGCAGGGACCUGUGGAAUCUCUGCAUCAAGCUCAAGCGCGAGCGAAAAGCGAUCAAGAUAUUGCCAAAGGCACGGCUGCUUGCCUUUCAUGUGCUGGAGCUAGGUCGUCUAGGCGUUGAACCCAAUCGAGGACGGGCGGGAGCUGUCGAUGGAGUUGUAUAUUUGCUGGGACUCCUUCUGACACUUGGACGGAUUUGUCUCGCCGAAAAUGAUCUAGAAAGUGGCAGGAUCGCCUUGCAAAAAGGCGCACUUUACGUCGACAAGCUCAAGUCCCUGCAAGGCGGCAACACGGCGGGGAGAAGGAGCCUGGAAGCUGGUCAUAUCACCUUGCACAUGGCGCUCUCCUGGCGAGAAGGGAAGUUGGACGUGGCGGAGCACAUGUUCGGCAAAGCCAAAGACCUCAUCGGCAACCUGGAAGCCACGUCGGCCGAAGACAUGGCAGACACGCUACGGCAUAUUGGUGCAGAUAUCUCCGACAAGAAAGACUACGCCAUGGGAACGAAAUGGCUAUGGCGAGCAUACAACGUGAUCAACACACCUCCACUUGAUCAUUUAAGCACGGAUGGAUUGGACAGCCGGCUCGCUAUCUGUCAGAGCCUCGUGCAAAGCCUUCUCGGCAUGAACACCCCGGAAGCAACAGCCGAGGCGAACGAUCUCGUGGCGUACGUGGAGUCGGAAAUCGGGGACAAGCCCAUUGUCUUGCACUGGCGACUCGAGAUUCUGCAAAAAUCGCCAUCGGAGGGUUUUCAACCAGCACCGUACGCAAGCAUACUGAGAAGAAUGGUCCGGGCGUUCGACUUCACGCAGCAGACACUCGAAUUCCUACUCCACCAUGUCAAGAAAUUGAGUGAGAACAGCGUGAGCCUGGCUUGCGGCGUGAUGGACGAGUUGAUUACACAAAUAGUACUCCAGACAAAACAGUCGGCUUGGAUAGACAAGACGGUUGUCAGGAGGGUGUGGAUGAGCACGAUGGCCACGGACGGCGCUGAGAGCGACAUGGAGAAGCUGGCCACAAUGUUGGAUGUGGUGCUCGCGAGCUCGGCAGAGCCCCUGAGCAUGGACGUGGCCGGCGCUGCACAAUCACUUAUAUGGAAAAAAAUCGAGGCAGCCUUUGUCCGAAAACAAUACGCUGCUACCAACUCAUGGUGUCGCGUGGCUCUUCAUGGCCUCUUUGCCAAUUGUGGCAGCUCGAACAAGGCUAAGUUUGGCCGCAAGCGCAUGCUCUGCGCCUUGGAGCUGAAUGACUUGGACGCCGCUCGGAGUUCAUUCUCUGCUAUGGAACCCGCAGUCCAGAGCGAGCCUUUAAGUCAGUAUUUGUUCUUCAAGACUGCCUUGCGCUCGUGGGAUACCGAGGCAGCGUGCCAAAGUAUCGUGAAUCUCGCCGAGGGCACCACGCACCAAUCCGGACAGGAUUUGCUUCUGCGCCUCAUCACCAUGCUGAAGGCGGAACGGAGCCCUUUGAGAAAAAGAAGCCGGGACGAGCUGGAGGGGCAGGAGACGCCGGAUCUAUUCGUUGAGGAUGCCUGCGUUCUGUUUGAACUGGGUAAGCCUGUCAUGUCGCCCUUCAAAGUUGUGCUAACCCUCAUGAAAGCCGCCGAACGAGCGCGGCUGACACUGAAGAAUCGCCAUGGAGACAAGAUCCUCACGGUGCCGGAGUUACACUGGUUCCGCAAGAAUUCCUACAACAUGGGUGUGGCCGCAUGCACGAGUGCAUCCUGGACAUUGAGCGAUGUGGUUCGAAUUUUCGCCGCCUGCCUGGUGUUUUGUGGUUCUUACCCAGAGGACAUCCCCCAGCAAGACAGGGACGACGUGCAUGUGAUGAGUCUACGGAGUCACUUUGUCCUUGCUUCGGCUCUGGUUUCGCUGGCAAGGACAAAGGACAGUAUCGAAGAGAGCCUACAGCGGUAUCUUGAAACUCGGAAGCACGUAGCGGCUUUUGAUGGUUUACUAGAGAAUGCCUCUGAUCAGCAGCACGUAAUCAUGGCAGACCUGCGAGCCAAAGCCUCAACACUAUCCGAGUCGUGUCGGGAUGAGUCGUGCCUCAAAGCGAUGGGCGACUGUCUGCUCCGAAGUGAAGCACCAGCACGAGUUCUGUACACAACGUUACGCCUUCUCAUCAAUUCCUUGCACACCCUGUCGCCCAUGAAUGCAAGUCUUCUCACAAAGUACAUCCGCACGCUAUUUCACGCUAUGCUGCCACUAGAUGACACGUUGGCCCUCACACUCAUAGAUCAAGCCGUCGAGAUUGCCGCCGAGGUGAAAACAUUACCCAAGACGGAGUUGGAAUGGCUGGUCGCCAGGACAUUCAACCAUGCCAUUGACUAUUACGCCAGGGGUGAGGAAGAGGACUGCCGCAUUUGGGCGAGGAAGGGCAUGGCUCUGGCGGGCGCGAUGAGCGAUGGAGGGGUUUUACGGACUAUGCUGGAGGAGAGAUUCGCAAAGUUGCGAUUUGACGAGUCUGCAAGAAAGAGGGGGUCGAGGUAA